AUGCAAUUCAAGUACAUCGCCGCCUUCAUCGCUUCCCUUGCCGUCAACGGCGCUCUGGCUAUUCCAGUGUCUGAUGCUGAGGCCAUGAAUGCAGCUCUUGAGGACGCUGCCUUGCAGGCCCGCGCCGAGCAGAUCGAACAAGCCGAUCAAUUUUGGGACGACGACUUCUUGGAUUGGGAUAAAGCCAAGGUCAUGAGACGUGCUGAGCAGAUCGAACAAGCUGGUCAAUUCUGGGACGAUGACUUCGAUAAGGCCAAGGUCAUGAAGCGUGCCGAGCAGGCUCAACAGGCUCAGCAGGCCCGGCAAGGCAAGAAACCAAUGGUUCGGUUGGCCGAAUGUCGGCUUCCGAGCCGGGUUCAACUUCAACAACCGGUUCUUGUUCCAGCAGCAGAACCCAUGGCUCUGGCAGAACCAACUCUGGGGCAGGCGAGGCUGGUGGGGAUGGUAAAUGCUGAGUUUACGGCAUCGAAGUUGAACACGAUUGUCACGAGUAUGAACUGA